AAAAAGAACUGUAAAAGAUCUCAUUUUCUCACUAUAUUCCUCUAUAUCGCCAAUGGCUAAUAAGCUUUUGUAUUGUGUAAUUUUUUUCAUGUUUUUGUUGCUUACAAUGUUACGAGUUUGGCGAGAAACUAUGAAUGGACCGCAUGUUUACAGCCGAAAAGAAUGGAUUGAAAGGCUUUUCGAAUCCGGAUUUACUUGUCUUCGUGUGGGAUUUCAUGAAGAUCAAAAGUACUUUAGGUCUCAUUUUCUACAAUAGCUAAUUAGUACAUAUACUAAUCAAUGAAGAUAAUAUGUAUACAUGACUUGCGUGACAAUGAUUUAUUACUUGUGUUUUUGGUUGUUCUGGCUUCCUUCAAAUGAAGAUAACCAUAUUCUUAAAUAAUUCAUGGAAAAGGGUCUUUUUAUGCAGAUCCGGGUCGAUCAGAAGUCUCAUGUCUUGGAGUCCAACAUAUAGAGCCUAGCCCCCA